ACUGCUCCUGUCUGGCCUGUCGUCGGGCGCGGGAAAAGUUUCAAUCCCGGCUGGCGGCCGCUGCGCCCGCUUCACCCGUCCCAGUUCAAAUCGGCCGCGGACCCCGCUUCCUCUGGCAUCCCCAACGCCCGGGGGUCCCCCAGAGUGGCCGAGCGCAAGUCGCCGCCAUGUCCGAGGCCUACUUCCGGGUGGAGUCGGGCGCUCUGGGGUUUGAGGAGAACUUUCUGUCGCUGGACGACAUCCUCAUGUCCCACGAGAAGCUCCCGGUGCGCACGGAGACCCCCAUGCCCCGCCUCGGCGCCUUCUUCCUGGAGCGGGGCGGAGGUGCCGACACCGACGACGCCCUCCCCGAGGGCUCAAAGCUUGAACUCCCCUUGUGGCUGGCGAAAGGACUUUUUGACAAUAAGCGGCGGAUCCUGUCUGUAGAACUUCCCAAGAUCUACCAAGAGGGUUGGAGGACCGUGUUCAGUGCGGAUGCCAAUGUGGUGGACCUCCACAAAAUGGGACCGCAUUUCUAUGGCUUUGGCUCCCAGCUCCUGCAUUUUGACAGUCCGGAGAAUGCAGACAUUUCCCAGUCUCUCCUGCAGACAUUUAUUGGACGUUUUCGGCGCAUCAUGGACUCUUCCCAGAAUGCUUACAAUGAAGACACUUCGGCACUGGUAGCCCGGCUAGAUGAGAUGGAGAGAGGCUUAUUUCAAAUAGGGCAGAAAGGACUGAAUGACUUUCAGUGCUGGGAGAGGGGUCAGGCUUCUCAGAUCACAGCUUCCAACCUCGUUCAGAAUUAUAAGAAGAGAAAAUUCACAGACAUGGAAAACUGAAGGCCAGAAUGGAUCUUCGAGAUUUAUCACUGUGUCUCUGAUAGGACCUGGUUGACCUCAUCAAGGGCCAGAAUCAUGUCCCAUCUCAUGCCUUACGUCCUGAAGUGGUAUAUGCUUGGGAAAGGAUGUCCCAGAGGAUGUUCCUAGCACUGUGAUUCUUCCAGGACUAUCUUGCCUUGCUGACCCAUGGUCUAGGCCUACUUAACCCCAGAACCCAGAGUUGAGGAAGUCCCCUGUGAUCCUCAGUCUAUAUAUAUAUCACAGUAGCAUUGGGAUGGGAAUCCAUGUGCCCCAAAUGUCCCAGCUUUACUGACUCCAAAGGACAGGUGGAACAGUUCUGUUCUCAAGUCUAAUUGCUUAAGACUAAAGCUGUCAGGGAGUCAUCUGGAAUUACAAAGUAGUUUUUGAAGGAUGUUAACCAGCCUUAUUACAUCAGGAAAUUGGGACUUUACGAUUGCUGGUGAUGGAGAGUCCUGUUUGAGAAGCUCGCAUGGCCAAUGUAAGUGGGUGAGGAACACUGAAUAUAUUGUCAGUAAUUUUUGCUACAAUAUUACAUAGAGGAUCCCUAAUCAUUUACUGAAAAUCUAUUUGAGCAAACAGAACUCUUCCCCUGGAAAUCAAGGAGGAAGCCUCCGGCUGAGAGGACAUAGCUUUCCCUGGGACCUUUAGGACUGUUUGAAGGGCAGAUUUCUCCACCCCACUGCACCCCUUCCCACGUUCUGCAACUAGUGAAAAUUGUCUUUGUUGCUGGAAAUUACAGAGAUUUGUGUAUUCAGAUUGCGCAGAUGUCUUAGUGCAAACUUUGAAUGUCAGAGAUGCUUUUAAAAUGCCUGUUUUAAGAUGAAAUUGAUGUUUUUAUAAUUGGCUUUUGGUGCUAA